AUGGUUGAUUCAUGUUCCGACUGCAAAUUGAAGAAAGGCAAAUACUUAUAUUCCCAUCUUUUCGAUGCACACGCAUACACCAAGGAGAUGAUUGAACAGCUGAAGCAAUCUUCGAGGGAAUCUGAUAAGUGUACAAUCCUCCAUUUCGAAGUACAUUCUUUUGAGGAGUGGCGUAAGGAAACGGAAGAGAAGAAUGUCAUUCGAUGGGCCACCACCUCUGUCGAAAAACGGGGAAAUGGACCGACUACUUACUACAGAUGUAGUCGAGCAUUGCCUACACCGCAGUAUUCUGCUUCGAAAUCAAAAAAAUGCACCAAAUACUGCACUGCAUUCAUGCAGGUGACAGAACGCGAUGGAGUUUUCCGCGUUGUUUAUUGCGGCGACCACACUGGUCAUGAAAAGGAACCAGGCCUUUUGAACUUAGACAGCAAUUCAGAGGAGCUCAUCGUCUCACUUCUGCGUGAAGGAUUUAUUAGAAGCGCUUGUCGUGACAGCGACGAACAGCGGAGACUUUACUACACUACUCCGCGAGACGUUAGGAGUAUCGCUAUAAGGAACAAAAUACAGCCUGGGAGGAGGCACGAAAAGGAUAUUUUAUCAUUGGAAAUGCGAGUUAGGGAAAGUGCAGAAGAAGAUGGCAUUCAGCUAUAUAACCCGGCCACCGAUGAGAGCGGAGAUGUCGUUAUAACACCGGUUCAAAAGCAAUGGCUUCUAAAGUACUCCGCCAGAGCAAUAUGUAUAGACGACACGUUUAAUCUCACGUGUUAUUCCCUUCGACUUGCAACCAUUGUGGUAGUUGAUGAGUGGGAUAAAGGCUUACCAGCUGCAUACCUUCUAUCGAAUAGGAUGACCGAGGCGGAGUCCGAGUUGCUAUUUAAAGAAGUGAAGAAGGUGAUGCCGGCAUUUGACCCCACGUUUUUCAUGAGCGAUGACACCAACUCCUUCUAUAACGGUUUUCGGCGCGUGUUUCCCAACUCAAAAGCUAAAAAGCUCCUGUGUGUGUAUCAUAUCCUGAGAACAGUAGAAAGGAAUUGCAAAGCAAAGCUAAUGGACAAGAACCUUGUUAACCACACUAUGGAGACAGUGCGCGAGCUCUGUAGGACGUCCGAUCAAGAUAUUUUUACCUCGAAGUAUUCCGAUUUGCUCACUUUCCUCAGGGAACAGGGAGAACAAAACAUGGUGGAAUAUUUCGGAAGGACAUGGAGCGGACGUGUACAGCAGUGGGGGGCUUUUGCUCGCCAAUACUCCUGCGUAAACACCUCGAUGCUCAUCGAACGCUUUCACCGUACGCUAAAACACGAAAUAUUCGGGUCCAAGGCGAAUGUGAGAGUGGAUGUCUUGUUGGACGCCUUAAUAGCACUUUGUCCACAAAUUGAUGAGGACCGCAAAAUAAAG